CCAUUGAUGAAAGUGAGAGUGAAGUUCAAAUUCAUUUUUGCUCCCUUGAAAGGACACUGGAUAAUCUGUGCACUUGGAAAGCUCUUCAUUAGUGGACAUAGAUUUUGCACCAUGGCUUUAACUUUGCUUUUGACUUUGCUUCUGCCAAUUGCAGCUGUUUCACAUAUGGUGGAGCUGACUCCCAGAGUUCUGUUGAAAGUGGGUGGCAGGAGAGAAGUGAUCUGCAGCAUGAGAUCUUGCCCAGAGAGGGUUAAGUUUGUGUGGACCACGUUAGAAGAUAAACCACUGUUCGCCACAGUUAAGGCUCACGAAACAGAAUCUGUGCUGAUCUUUGACAAUGUGACAAAAAAUCACGAAAACACCAUACUUUGCAAAGCAACCUGUGGGAAGGAGACAAAACAGGCAAAAACAACGAUUAGAGUUUAUUCUUUUCCAAGUAACCCAGUUAUAUCUGGGAAUGAUCGUUUGAUACUGGGCGAGAAAAACCUCUUGACCUGCGAUGUGUCUUCUGUAUACCCUUUGGAGUUUCUUGAAAUGAAAUGGUUAUAUGAAGACACUAUUCUUCACAGUGAAUAUGGGGAACAUGGCAAAGAUGGUUUGUCGAUUCCUUACACAUUCAAACCUUCAAGUGAGCAUGAUGGAAAGGCAAUAACCUGCAGAGCAUCACUCCAUGUAGAAGGUAUACCAACCAAUGAAUGGACCAAGGAGACAUCUGGGCUCAUGAAAGUUCUGUCUGCACCACAUAACGUGAAAGUAUCUGAAGUGACCGCAGUCUUCUUUGGAUCCAGUUUAACUUUGACCUGUGAGGCAGAGGGCAACCCGAAGCCUGUGUUUACAUGGAUGGUUCUUAAACCAGAUGGCCAGUCUGUUGAAAUCGUGAAACAUCAAGAGCUCUUCAUGCAAAAUGUGUCCUUAUCAGAUGCUGGCACUUACCAGUGUGAGGUUAGCAAUGAAUUGGGAAGAAAGAAGGCCAAUGUUUCGGUCGUCGUUCAAGCACCUCCAAUGAAUACAAUCAUUGAAGCAAGUCCACAUGGAGUUCUAAAGGAAAGAGAAUCCGUGAGCAUUUCCUGCCUGUCUGAUGGUGUUCCAGUGACCCGUGUGGUGUUGAGCAGGGUGGUGGACAACAAAGAAACAGAACUAAAGACCAUUGAUGGGGCUGAAACAUCAAUAACUCUACCCUCAGUGAAGCUGACUGACUCUGGCAAAUAUGUAUGUGAGGCUUUCAAUGAGUAUGGGAGUCAGAGGACCAAUCUCAGUCUAACCGUUGAAGCUCAUUUGCUAGAAGUGACUCUACAACCAAAUGGUGAUAUUGUGGCUGAGAGAGGCUCCAGUUUGGUGCUCUCCUGUGUGGCUUCAGGGUGCCCGCAUCCUGAAUUCUCCUGGAGGCGUCUCACAAACAUGCCAAUCACCAGUCAGAUUGAAAGCAGCAGAUUCUUGUCCCAACUGUUGCUCAGCCCAGUUGAUUUAGAAGGAACUUACAUCUGUGAGGUCAAAUGUGACUCAAUCGUGAAGUCCAAGCAGACUGAAGUGAAGGUGUUCGCAUUCCCUACAAGUCCUGUUGUAGAAGUCCUUGGACCUUCUCUAGAGGGUGAGAGGAUAAACUUGACCUGCACUGUUCAGGAAGUUUUCCCAGCCAACCUCUUCCAAAUCCUGUGGAUGGAUGAAGAGAGAGAACUGCUCUCAGAAUCUGGGUCGUUUUCAAGUGAAACACAGAAUCUGACUUCAGUGCUGUCUUACCACGUAGAGGCCAACGUCCAGGACAAACGCAUCACCUGCAAAGUCUUGCUGGACUUGCAUGGUGUGCCUGCCACUCAAGCAGUAAAGACAGCUUCUACGACAUUGUCCAUUCACUAUCCCCCCAGAGGAACCAAGAUUACUGUAAGCCCACAGACAGAGUUGAAGGACGGAGAAUCUGUGAGCAUUUCCUGCCAGUCUGACAGUAUUCCAGUGGGGCGGAUGGUACUGAGCAGGGUAGUGGAUGGUGUAGUAACAGAGUUGGAGGCCAGUGAUGGGGCUGAAACAUUGGUUACUCUCCCUUCCGUUGAGCUGGAUGACUCUGGCCUGUAUAUGUGUGAAGCUUCGAACCAGUAUGGAAGCCACAAUGAUAGUGUUCAGAUUACUGUUAAAGCACCACCCAGGAAUACGACAGUGGAGGUUUUUCCAUCCGCUGAGGUUCAGGAGGGACAGAAUAUCACCAUCUGUUGUCGCUCUAUCAGCUUCCCUCCACCUGCGGUGGUCCUGAGAAAGCUGGAUAGCGAGACAGACAUCUACUCCCCUGAUGGCGUCUUCCUUCUGGUCAACCUCACUCCCAAAGACACAGGCCUAUACCAGGUCAAUGUCACCAAUGACCUGGGUUAUGAGACAGAGGUUUUCACUAUUAACGUAUUGGAGAAAAGAUUCAACCCUCCGCCUGGUUGGAAUGAUUUUUUAACCACUGCAGUUUGCCUGGGAGCUGCAGCAGCACUGCUUGGUUUUGUGGCAUAUCUGUGGAGAGCUAGAAAGAAGGGAUCGUAUGACCUUACGAAGCACAACCCAGGCACCGUGUAGACUGUUUAUACUCCUCAAACUGUUUGGGAAUCAGCUACACUUUGCUACCAGGGCCUCCCUGAAGUGAGAACUGCAGGUUCAGAACAAAUUUUCAGUCACCAUGUCAGGUGACAGUACCUCAGCUGGUUGGGUACCUGCAUUUUCCAUAGCCACAGACAAUCAAUGUGCCCGUUGUUUGUCAUGUAUCCCCAGGCAAGGAAAAUCGGUCUGGUGCAGUUUCUUUGUGGUCUUAUUGUUGAGAAGUGCCAGCUGUCUUUAAGACCUCAUGUCUGCACUAUAGCAGUUUCAAUCCUAAUGUGUGAGUGGAUUGAGGUUAGGGUUAAGGUUAGAGUUAGAGUUAAGUGUUAGAGGUAAGGGCUAGGUUUUCUGACCAGUGGCAGAAGGGAUGAGGAUUAGCGAAACCUGCUUUAUUAUUUUAGAAAAACCAUUUGAUUAUUUUAGUAAAUCUGCAAAAUUUGAAGCUAGUAAAGAAGUGUUUGUUACAUUAUAGAUACCUACUGUUAACCUCAGUGUCUGUUGAUGAAGAUGCUGUGUUCUAAAAAUUGUCCUUAAAGUGUUCUAAAAUGAUUUUGAUGUGUAUAUUUCAGAUGUAAAAAGUGUUCUCUUGUUCAUAAAUAUUUAUUAAACAAG